AUGGAGCAAAAGUCUGAGGAACUGCUUGCGGUGCUCAAGAAUAGUAACCUGUCGCUCGACGUCAAGGUAGCCCAUCUACUUGGCGUGAAAUCUGACAUCAAGCAAAAGAAUGUUCCAGAGGGAGCAGUGCCCCCGCUCUUCGAGUGCUUGCGGCUUGCUUUAGCCUCGCCUCAUAUCGCCCUCAUCACGGCAGGAUUUUCCACUCUUGGCCAUUUCUUGAAACGCCUGUUUAUACAGGAGCUGCACAGUCUCGUUUCGGUCUUCGCCAAGGAACUCAUUUCAUGCCUCCUGGACCGUUUGGGUGAUCACAAGGACCGAAUCAGAGGUCUCGCUGCCCAAGCAUUUACCGACAUGUGGCCUGCAGCUGCUCCGCAAAUUGACCAUGCUGUUUUCGAAGUUGGCCUUACGUCGAAGAACGCCAGGCUUAGACAUUCAAGCCUCAAUUUGCUCAGUAGCAUUGUCACUCAGUAUCACAUUGGCUUCAGACAAUACGUUCCGGAUGCUGUUGCAUGUCUAGAAGAUGCCGACAAAGAGGUUCGCAGGGCCGCGAAAACGGUAAUUGUGGAUCUCUUCAAGGAAGCGGCCCCCCAUGCACAGGCUGAUCUUCAGCGGCAAAUGGCUGAUCAUAACGUCCGAAAAACCAUUGUGAACGACAUUCUCAUUGCCAUUGGGCUUGAACCAGAGCUUCCUAGCCGACCGCCAUCGACUAGGCCGCCUUCGGUUCGCCCACCGUCGCGUGGUGAUGCCAUACGCCGCCCACCUUCUAGGGGUGAUGUCCUCCAUAGGCCACCCUCGAGAGGCGAUGCCUUGCACAGCUCGGCCUCAAGGGGUAAUGCCAUUCAACGACCAGCUUCGCGAGUUGAUACUUCGCACGGCUAUCCUGCUUCAAGCAGCACUCACUCCGCUACAAUCGUCACCGAACCCGCUUCAAUUGACAACCAUAUUGAACCCGUUUUUCACCAUCCCGCUCAAGCUGCGCCCGCCGCCACGGCCGCUAGCAACGCCCCUGUUCUCACUCGACCCCAACAAGCUGUCUCCGCACAUCCGGGGCAGACGGUUGAAGCUUUGACGGAGCAUGCCUCCGUUAUUCAUAGACCCGUACCAACGCGUCCAAACACCACAGCAACCGAUACAUACAAAGCGCCCAGAGCGGCGAACGCCCCGGUUGACCGGCGUGCUGUUCCUGCGACACCACGACAUGUCCACCCAGAACUCGACACCACCGUCCAACCCCGCGACAUCUCAUCUGCCCGUGAGAUGGAGCAGCUAGUGCGUGACAUGCUCCCAUGCUUCAACGGCAAAGAAGACGAAACCAACUGGCAGAAGCGUGAAAAGAAUAUCACUAUGCUCCGCCGAGUCACGCAUGGGAAUGCGCCGCACGAGUUUUCUCAAGCUUACCUCGCGGGAAUCAAAACUCUUCUUGACCCCAUUUUCAAAGUUGCGAAUUCUCUCAGAACUACCAUGCAAACAACUGGCCUUGAGAUGUUGCAGUCCCUCGCUCGUGUUAACGGAUCUCGGCUUGACCCCAUGAUCGAUAUCAUCCUGAACAACGCGAUGAAGCUCUGCGGCAAUUCAAAGAAGAUAACUGCCCACAAUGGCAACCUGACUGUCGGAGCUCUACUCGAGAAUGUGACCUGCAAUACUCGCGUUCUGGCUCACAUUACGUCGGCGGCGGCCAGCACCAAUAACAAUCUCCGCUUCUUUUCCGCUGGUUGGUUGAGGGUUGUCAUUAAUGGCCAAGGGAAACACAGGACUACUCCUGAAGGGUUGGCGAGCAUUGCCCAGUGCAUUAAGAAUGGUAUUAGCGAUGCCAGACCAGACAACAGAGAGUCAUACCGUCUCACUUUUUGGGACUUCCACAAAGUCUGGCCCGACAAAGCUCAACAGAUUCUGAACGAGAUUGCACCCAAACAUCGUGCGACGCUCGAGAAAGAUGCGGCGAACCCGAUGAACGAUCCGUUUGUAUCGAGCUCAACUUCCACGACGACAGGACUGUUCAGCAGUACGCCUGGACGUCCGACACCGGCAAAGGGAGCGGUCGCUGCUAAAGCGAGGCCUAAUCUUGCACCCGCCACAACAUUCCCACCUCCUACAGCGGCAGCUCAGCCUGCCCAGGCCAACCGCCCCCGCAAGAAGCCCAGGUCAGCCGUUACGGCCACACCCACUUCAUCCCUCACAUCCGCUCCCAUGCGCCCCGGCGCUUCGAAACCGCGCCAGCCUCAACUUGAAAUCAACCCACGCCCCGCGACCGCUGCCGGUUUCCAUCCAACGCAGAAGGAGAGCCCAACCCGAGGAAGCCCGGCCCGGAUUCCGGUAGCAGCGCAUCCUACUACUCCUGGGACGAAGCCCGUCGGCGCUUCUCGUCCCCGUCAGAAGAGCGACCCGCUGCAAAAUGCGAGUCCGACGAAGAUGGGAGUUAGGCUCGCAAAUGACCCUACACUCACCCCCGACCGACCUUUUGGGAGCAUCAGUAUUCCUAAGAAGCGCACGAACAGCAGUGGGGAAGAGAAUGGUGAGAGGAAGAACGACGAGAAUACUGCACCCAAAAAGGUCGUGAUGGACUACGGAAGCCCAAGAGUCGAUUCUGUGGCGGACUCUCUUGAGCUAUCCGGUUGGCCACAUCAUGAAGUCAAAGAAGUCUCACCCAACGAUUACGAAGAUCAGAAUAUGUUAGAAGUUGAAGCGCACACAGCUUCAGAGGCGGAGCCGGAAUCGAAGCCAGAGCUUCCCGGACAGAUGCCAGCCGAUGUAGGCGAAGGAUUACACGAAAUCCAAACAAUUCAUCCGAACGCUGCCGUUGACGCAAGCCAACUGCAGGUGGAGGGCGAGGGCUCAAGGCACGAGUCUAUUUUAUCACCAGAGGUAUCACCCACGGCGACCAUUUCCCCCGUGGCUUUGCCAGUUGCCCCAGAAGCACUGAACAGUGAUCACAACGGAGGAGAGAAAUCGAAUGAUGAGACCGCCGAAGAGGCCAUCUCAGCCAGGGCAUCAGCAAAUUCUGGGGCUCGCCGUACCUCAGCCAUUUUACCCCUUUUACCGUCGUGGCCGAAAGCCGAUAACACACCCGGUCCACAGCCAGGCGACACAUCACCUUUACGACUCAAGAAAGAGAUAACAGACACGCAAUAUGCCAGUGACUCGGGCAAGCCGUCUGGCGAUGAGACCCCAGACGUCCAGGUUUCGCGAGCUUUGCGCCCAUUUAGCGACCGCCCAAGGGAGUCCGAGGCUACCCCGACCAAGCGGGAUAUCACUCUCCGGUCACAAGACCCUGUGCAGGCGCGUGAGAUGCUUGCCAAAGGAAUUACACGAAUCCAAACCAGGGAUAUGGACAUGAAUGGAUACCGGAAACUUCAGGGCCUCAUCGAAUUCCACCAUGCGAUAUUCACUGAUUCAAACCAAUUUGAUUCCAUGCUUGAGGCUCUACUUGCCGAAUUGGUGACUCAAAAACCACCUAGCGAAAAGGUGCUACCCUUCGGUUCGGUGUGGGACUUCAAGACGCAGGUCCUUUACACCGUGAAAUCCAUGUUUAUCAACUCCAAGACCUACUUCUCCUGCCACUAUCCUGGUACGGUGAUCCAGCUACUCGAGGCUCAGAAACCUUACGAGAUAGCGCGGUAUUUAGUCAAGGUUAUUGACCAACUGAUUGAUGACAUUGUUGACGUCUCCGAACCAUCUGCGAUCAUUGACGCUCUUAUGGAGUACCUUCCCAGUGUGAAGGACGAUCCCCAACACAAAAUACUUCGAAAAGGGUUUGAAACAAUCGGACAUGCCCUUGUCGUCAUGAACGAACAGAAGAUGAAGCUUCCCGAAGAUACCCUAGAGCACAUCGGGGAACUUGCAACUGAUUCGUUGCAGCUCCAGUCUAUGGGUGUGAAGCGGAGAAUUAUCGCAAUGUGUGUCGAGCUGCGGGUAAUGGUCUCCGAUGACGAUCGAUACUGGAAGAUUUUAGGGGGCGCCGACAAAGGCGUCCAUGGCCUGUUGUUCUACUACAGGUCCAAGAAUCGCGUUGACUGA